CGGUACGAAUAGCGAACGCGAGUUUCCGUCUCAGCCCUCUUCCGUCUCUUGUGUUGUUGCGGCUUCUGCAUAUUUUUGGUGAAUAGGUAUCCCCAGCUGCUUCGAUAUGAUGUCAAGAUCUGUUCGCGCUGAAACGCGCAGCCGUGCAAAAGAUGACUUCAAGAGGGUCAUGCAGGCCGUCGAUAAAGUCCGAAAGUGGGAGAAAAAAUGGGUGACCAUUGGGGAUACAACCAUGAAGAUAUUUAAGUGGGUACCAGUACCAAGCACGGAGCAGUCCAGAUCGAAAAGCAAGAGUGGCAAUAAGGAAAAUAUAGUCAAGUGCUGCAAGAAUGAUAGCAAAUGCGCUGAUGGUCCAAUCGUUAAGGUGCGUGAUUUGAAGAAUCACGCCAAUAUACCUGAGGGUCAGGACGAAUCAUUUACAGGUUUUUCCGAGUUUAGUCAAGACUCCCAAGGCGACAGCAAUGCAGUGAGGGUUCAGCGAGACGAGUCGAGCACCUGUAUAACGGAAAACAGCAGCGACACCCAAUUCCCAGAUACCCAUACAGACAUUUCGGGAAAGCGAGAAGAAUCUAGUGAAGAUAGCUCAGAAGUACCUCCCAAGAAAUUGAAAGUGGGAAAUGAAACCACAAAAUGAUCUACAUACGUUUUGUCACAAUAAAAAGUGCCGUAACUUUUA